UUUCUACAUCCAUCUGUCCACAUACACAGGCAGAGAAAGAGACAAGUACAGACAGUGAAACUCGACGAGACCAGCCAUGGUAGCAAGGGCUCAGCCUGAUCGGAAACAAUUACCGCUGGUCCUACUGAGAUUGCUUUGCCUUCUCCCUACAGGGCUGCCAGUCCGCAGCGUGGAUUUUACCCGAGGUACCGAUAACAUCACCGUGAGGCAAGGGGAUACAGCAAUCCUCAGGUGUUAUGUAGAAGACAGAAGCUCCAAGGUGGCCUGGUUAAACCGUUCUGGCAUCAUUUUUGCUGGAGAGGACAAGUGGUCCCUGGAUCCUCGAGUAGAGCUGGAGAAGAGAAACCCCCUGGAAUACAGCCUGCGGAUCCAGAAAGUGGAUGUCUAUGAUGAGGGAUCCUAUACAUGUUCAGUGCAGACACAGCAUCACCCCAAGACUUCCCAGGUUUACUUGAUUGUGCAAGAUGUUUCUGUUGGUGUUGGUCAGAAGAAGAAACACUUGGAUCAAUCUGCAAAAGGUGGUCUGGUCCUUCCCCAUGCUGUGAAACAUGAUCAACGCUACAGUGGCAGCCCCUAG